AUGUGUCUUGCUUUGGCGCUCGGAAGUGCGGAAAGUGAUGCGGCCAGCGAUAUUUCCAGUCUAAACUAUAAAAAUGAAUAUAACUACAACAACAACUAUAAUGCGAGCAUGAAAGUGUUGCGUUUUCAUGACUUUGAGCCGCGGCAACAAGUUGCGCGACUGUUUGCAGAUGGGGCACGUGAUAAGGAAGCCGGACGUGAGGCACGUGGAUUUCAUUUCGAUGCCACCGGCGAUGAUGUCCAUGUGGAGCUGGAGUUCAUCGUACCAUUCGUCAAGAUACCUGUUAAGCGAAGCAUUAAUUUCGCUCGCGAUGCGGUGAAAAGUGUGUUGAAUCUGCAGAAGGGAGCGUUGCUCAACACGGCGGUUAUCGUGGUUGCUGGUGCCAUUAUAGCGGGCAUAGUGCGUCUGGUGUUGGCCCCCAUAGUGUUCACCUCGAUGGCCAACAAUUAUGCCGGCUACAAUGCCAAGGAAUACGAUGAAUCCGUCAAGAGCAAAAACCACAUCAGUCGAGGAAUGCGCAGUGUAACCCAAGUUUUAGAAUCGCAGCUAGACGAACACAAUAUUGAUGUCUCUGUCUGCGCACAACGCGCCAUCUGCCAGUACUUGCAACACAAUGCGGCACAGUUGCAGCGCCACGAAGCCAGACUGACUUCAUCGAACACUGCCAGACUUAUCAAUACUUUGACCAACUCCCGCUGGACGGACUCGCUUCUCAACGGCACCGCUGUCUUUAAUGCCAUUGAUGUGGCACGCAACAGUCGCAACUGCAACCACAUCUAUCGCAGCUGCAGUUGGCCGCAGCUUCAAGGCGGCGGUUUCCAGAGGUCCUGGCCAAGUGUUUUGCAGUACUUCAAUGGUCCUAUCCACGAUUCAAGACGUCUAGGCGGAAGAAUGAAGCACCUAAGCCUAAUUAAACUGAUCCUUAUCCAGAUCGGUUAUGUUGGGAUUUUGGCAGCUGGUGUAGAGGAGUCGACAACUGACUCUAGAUCUUUCUCAGCUUCGGCAAGGCAGAUCAACAGCAAUCCGGGAUUUAAACUGAUAUCCUUUGAUGCGGUAGAUAAGGACAUUUCCGUUGGACUGGACUAUCUGCUGCCCUUUGUCAAGGUGCCCGUCAAACGCAAACGUAAUGAAAACAAGCCUCUGCUCAUUGUCAAUUCCGCGGCAAUCUUUAGUUGCGGCCUAGUUGCCGCUGCCGGUUUGCUUGCUGGCCAUUUGAUAAGGAGCGUGGGUCUGGAGACCAUUAUACCCGAUGCCAAGUCAGAGGAGCCCGCCAAGCACACAGCGCGUAGUUUACACGAUGAGGAGCAGAGUUUCCUGCAGAUCUUCGAUAACUUUAAGCUUGUUUAUCGCAAUGCAAGUGGCGAGCGUAUGGAGACUGGUCUGCCCAGUCUUAUGAACACCAUUGAGAGCAGCUUUCUGGAUAAGGACAUUGAUCUGAACAGUUGCUUGCUAAAGUCCAUUUGCACCUUUACCCACAAGUCUAUUAAAAAUGUUCGCAGUGGUCAAGCGUCAGAUUUGGAGCUGAUGCUAGACGGUGUCUCCAGUUGGUCCUGGAUGCUGUCCUGGCUCGAACAGUCGGCGCUGCGGAAGGCCAUUGAAGCGGGCAGAGUGACUGCAUCACAUUAUUGCAACGCCAAGUAUCCUCGUUGCAAGUGGACAGAGCCAGAUGAGCAACUUCUUGAUCUUCUGCAUAAUAAUGUGCAAUUUAAUUAA